CAUCAGGGGCUGUGAUCUGCCGUUCCCCUCUGAGACAUUGCCCCCGAUCUCUGGGAACAAGCAAUGACAGGCCAUCCCUCCGGGGAGGAGGGGACUGUGUGUGUGUCUGCAUGGAAUCAAUCACAGGCCACGGCUCCAGGUAGGAGGGGACUGUGUGUGAAAGGUGUGGGGGUUACUGUAUAAGACCAAGUGAGAGUGUGUGAGCUCAGAGACUUCACAAGCAAGACGAGAACUAUCAGAGUCCGUGCGACCAAGAGCAACACAUCUUCCAACAACAUCUCUCUCUUCAUCUAUCUUUUGGUCAUAAUAUACAUAAUAUAUUCACUCCCUUGUGAAUUCACUUCCUGCUAUUGCUCCCAAGACUGACAAGAGUUCAGCACGGGGCACGAGGGGGACAAGGCUUCGGCAGGCGAUGGCCUCGUGGUUCGGUUGGAGCAGCGAGCCGGACUACCGGAGUCCGCGGCGGGACCCGUCUGACGUGGUCACGGACACCCUGAUGCUGGAGCUCAGCUGGCAGCUGAAGGAGGCCGAGAGGAUGCAGCGUGAGAGGGACAACGAGUACCGACGACUCCAGACCGGCGUGGACUACAGCUGGCUGGUCAACACGCCACGCAACACCUACGACGUGUUACCUGGUGAGAGGCUGGGCCUGGAGGACCUGUGCUCCAAGGUGCAUCCAUCCUACUGCGGAGCCGUCAUACUGAGGUUCCGCCAGGUGGUGACUGAGAACGAGCCGGAGUUGCAGGAGGUGUCUGCCCUUUUCCGCACAGUCGUCCUCGAGGCCUUGGACCGCAUGAGGGAGGAGCAGGAGGCGCAGCGGCUCUCGCGCCAGUGGAACAACAAACGGGCCAUGAGCAUGUCUCUCAUUAACUUCAAGUCGCGCGUCAAGAUCAACCCCUUCGCCAGCACCUUGGGCCUGACCUCGACUGGAGGGGGAGGGGAGGGUGUGUGCGAGCUGAAGACAGUGUCAGAAGAUGUGGAGAAGGCGCUGGAGGAGAGGGCUGACAGGGCCCAGAGGGUGUGGAGCAUACCCGACUUCAGACACAAAGGGUUGUACACUACCAAGGCCGUCUGAGCUGGGGAUCCACAGGACAGUGUUGUGGUUCAGUGGAGGAUAGAGAGAAGCUAGUGAGAGGUAGCCUAUAAUAAACCCCCGGAACCUGCCCAGUCUGCUUUGAACAACAAUGGAGAGAAAUAGGAGAGGUCUCUCCCAUCUUCUCCUUCGGCAGUGUGGGGUCAUCCACUGUUGAACGUUUUUGACUUAUGAAUUUGAUAUGGGGAGCUAUGCUAAGGAUAUUUCACAAUGUUCUGAGAUGUUCAGACACAUUCUUUGCUGUACCUUUAUUGUAAAUUAGAUAGUUGCAUGCACUUCUUUUUACAGUGCCUUUUUUCUUUACAACAACAUAAUACUCCGGAACUAUUUGUACUUUAAUUGUAGUUAAAAAAAUGAGACUUACACAUAAAGCAAUUAACAAGUUUUUUUUUUUUCUCAAGCAUUUUUUGGCACUCUAAAGAGAAGUGCUACUAAGCAUGGCUUUAAAAAUAUAUAGUAAAUUACUGACUGCUCUAUUGGAGUGGUCAGUAUGAAAUUGUAGAUUAUAUGGAUCUUCUUUCUAACUCUUUACAGUUGGAAUACAGUGCAUCUUGAUUCUCUAGAUUCUCUUACUUGAUAAUUUCUGUGCAAAUAUUUCAAAUGCCCAUCACUUUCCUAUGGCAAUUUCUCAGGAGAAAAGCAUAAAAUCCAGUGGUAAGCAUAAAGGCACUGUUUUAUUGCUUAGCAACCAAGGUCGAGGAGC